GUGUGUGUGUGUGCGCGCGCGCGCGCGCCUGUCUGCCAGCACAUCCAGGGGGAUUUCCGUGAGAGACGCAGCCGGAUUUCAGAGAACAAGAGGAGAGGAGGGGAAAAAACAAGAGGAGAGGAGAAAAUUGGGCUGGGAGAGGCAGACAGAGAGAACAGGAGAGAGAGAGAGAGAGAGAGAGAGAGAGAGAGAGAGAGAGAGAGAGAGAGAGAGAGAGAGGAGCUGGAAGGGAGAGCAAGCAAGAAGAGCAGAGUGAGAGGCAGGGAGGGAAAAGGAAGCGAGCAGGAGGGUGAGUGGAGAGGAGACCGGGCUCCGAAGAACUGAGUGAGGACGGAGCAAACAGAGGCAGUGGCAGUUGCCGAGCAGGACCAGGACCGCAGGCUGCUAUUCAGGACCACAGAGCACCGAAGGCUCCAGGCUCAGCGGUGCACGCCAGCGCUCGGCAGAGGUGGUACGGGCGUCUGGGUCUUAGCGGGGAGUCCAGGUGCUCCACUGGGAGGUGGCGCGGGGCUCCGAGGUGACUUCACCCGGACGUGUCUGCCUGGGAGGUGGCGCGGGGCUCCAGGGCGGCAGCACGCCCUCCCUCCGGGGAGCCAUGUCAGGCGGCGCCGGGGGGCUCCGAGUGGCCGCGCCGCCGAGGGGCUGAGCCGGCCGCGGGCCGCGCCAUGGCGGCGCGUGGUUGCGGACCCUGAGCGCCGGCGGCGGGCGCGCACCAUGAACUCUUGGGACGCUGGCCUGGCAGGGCUGCUAGUGGGCACGAUGGGCGUCUCGCUGCUGUCCAACGCGCUGGUGCUGCUCUGCCUGCUGCACAGCGCUGACAUCCGCCGUCAAGCGCCGGCGCUCUUCACCCUCAACCUCACGUGCGGCAACCUGCUGUGCACCGUGGUCAACAUGCCGCUCACGCUGGCCGGCGUCGUGGCACAGCGGCAGCCUGCCGGUGACCGCCUGUGCCGCCUGGCCGCCUUCCUUGACACCUUUCUGGCUGCCAACUCCAUGCUCAGUAUGGCUGCGCUCAGCAUCGAUCGCUGGGUGGCCGUGGUCUUUCCGCUGAGCUACCGCACCAAGAUGCGCCUCCGCGACGCCGCACUCAUGGUGGCCUACACGUGGCUGCACGCGCUCACCUUCCCGGCGGCCGCUCUCGCCCUGUCCUGGCUGGGCUUCCACCAGCUGUAUGCGUCCUGCACGCUGUGUAGCCGGCGGCCUGACGAGCGCCUGCGCUUUGCCGUCUUCACGGGCACCUUCCAUACGCUUAGCUUCCUGCUGUCCUUCGUCGUGCUCUGCUUCACGUACCUCAAGGUGCUCAAGGUGGCCCGCUUCCAUUGCAAGCGCAUCGACGUGAUCACCAUGCAGACGCUUGUGCUCCUGGUGGACAUCCACCCCAGUGUGCGGGAACGCUGUCUGGAGGAACAGAAGCGGAGGCGGCAGCGUGCCACCAAGAAGAUCAGCACGUUCAUAGGGACCUUCCUCGUGUGCUUUGCCCCCUACGUGAUCACCAGACUGGUAGAGCUCUUCUCCUCGGCACCCAUUGGAUCCCACUGGGGGGUUCUGUCCAAGUGCUUGACCUACGGCAAAGCUGCAUCUGACCCCUUUGUGUACUCCCUGCUGCGACAUCAGUACCGCAAAAGCUGCAAAGAGAUUCUGAACAGGAUCCUCAAUAGACGCUCCAUCCGCUCCUCAGGUCUCACAGGUGACUCUCACAGCCAGAACAUUCUACCAGUGUCCGAGUGAAGGACCAUGCUCCUGCUGGAGAGUUGAGAAUGGAGAAUGAGAUGGCUGGGAGAAGUGGCAGCAGUCUAGGGGAUCUGUCUGAGCCACACCCACCACUGUCCCCCAGCAAGCCUGGUGAUUCAGGGUUCUGGGGUAUGUUUCCUGGCUCCUCAAGGGCAGAUGUUGGACUGCCCCUACUUAUCACCAAAUGAUGGCCAUGGACCUUGAUCUGGCUUUUCUUUCUGAGAAGCUUCUUUGAGCUCCAAGACUCACCAGAGGCUCACCUAGAGAUAACAGUCCAGUCAUUGUGAAGGAUGCAGUGCUGGUGGCAGGUGGGGAGACAUGGUGUCCAUCUGCUUGAACCCUGGACAUGAGGCUCCAUGCUGAAGAAAAGCAAUGCUCUCCAUGGGACAUUUUAGUCAUGCUACAGGUGAGACUGGUGGUAGUCAUGUGGCCCUUGAUCUAAUAUAAUGACUUUUCUUCUUCUUAGGUGUGGCUGCUUUAACCCAAAUAUUACCCAGCUAGUACCAAUUAAAUUGUGUUCAGCUGAGACCCUGAGGCUCUACUCCUAAGGGGAAGAUGUUUAACAAUUAGUGGCUAACUGGUUGCUGCCCAGCAGCUAUCCCAGGAAUGACAAAUCGGAUAUAACUUUUUUCUCUCCUCCCCCCACAAAAGAAAAUUCAUGUUUGUAUGUGUAGACAAUUUUAGCAUGAAAAUGGUUUCAACAGGCAUGGUAAUACACAUAUUAGGUUCUGCUGGCAAAGAAUUCACUUUCUUGUGAUUUACAUGUCAUAAGUGCCAAGUAAAAACAGAAAGACGGUGGUUGGCAGGUCUCUCUGUCCCCAUUGCGACCUGAAUUGGUAGAAGCAUUUUACCUUGUCUUAUGCAUCACGUCCAGCAAGUCUUAUGAAUUGGAUGGGCAAAAACAGAACUGAGCAAAGAUCUAGCCUUGAUUUUCAGGCAUUGGUUUCCAUUAUACCACUAGCUCAAUAUCCUAUCCUCUGUACAUCCAUCCAUAGAAAGCAGAGGCUGUGAAACAUCACUAAGAAAUCUUCCUGUGCUACUGGUGAGAUAAUAAAACUUUAUGAAAUAUUGUAACACACACAUCAAUCCAUUAGCAACCCUAGUCUUGAUAAAAAAGCAAGUUGAAUGAUCCAUAGUUUCUUCCCAUCACAUUGUUAGUCACCAUUUUUAAAUUGAUUUGUGAAUACUCAGAGCAAUUAUUUCUCAGUCUUUUAAGUGAUUCCCUUCAGGGUGGAAAGGAUGGGGAGCUAUAAAAUCAGAAGGCUCAUUCUCCUUACAGCUCUUUUGUCCUUACUUGUGAGGUAGAGAGAGGAGGACAUUGUCUACCAGGGACCAACUAGGAGAGUUCGAUGGUUUUCAUAGUCAGGCAGCCCCUGUAUGUAAAGGUAAAGAAAUUUCUGCCCAUUUGAGAACACAUUGCCUUAUUAACUCCUAGCUUCUUGCUUAGAAAGCAAUUUAGCCAGGCCCCGUGGUGUCAGGUUUUAAAGUUUCCAUGGAUACUAGAAUGAAGACAGAUGUAGCAUCUGAAGAGGCUGUGACACCUUCCCAGUGCUGGCAGUGGAAUGCUCACACUUGCCUACAUUUGGCUCUUUAGAAAAAACAAACCUGGACAUUCCAAGGAAUUCCCUUAGGACACUGACUUGAGUCUCUGCUUAAGCUCUCCCAGCCGGUCCUCUGGGGAGUCAUUUCUUCCCUUCCUGUAAUCAGGGACAUCACAUUAGUAGCUUUAAAUUGGCCAUGGUGGAAAUUUCUAUACCAUGCAAAUACUACUAAUCAGGCCUUUCCCCCUGAAAAUUAGUGCAACGUCCCCCAGCACAUCACUGCCAGACAUGACUUUGUGUGUAACGAAAACAAAAUUGGUCUGGUUCAAAGACCAUUUGGCCAUUGAAGUUCAGUUUGCAACAGACACUUUUGUUGAGCUUUCCUAGUGACAAGCAGCUGUCUACCCCACCUAUUACCCCAGCACCAAAAGUGCCACUGAGACUAAAAUCAACCAGGAGCCAAGACAACAUGCACAGUUAAAUAUGUAAAUCCUCCCUUUUCACACAAAUACUCCUAAACUUGGGUAAAAGAGAAUUAACAGUCCAGUGAAUGACAUGACAGCAGACAGUCAAAUGAGAGCAGUAUCAGUUUAAAGGAAUAAUUGUGAGAAAUUCUCUCUCGGCCUGCUCUGUAUAAGCAACACAUUGUACUCCUGGUAGCAACUAGAUCCCUUUUUCCUCUUUUUAAGCUAAAAGCAGGAUCUUUCACCCACAAUGCCACACAUUGUAAAUGAUGCAUUUCACAAUUUUCCCUAUAAAACUGCUGAAAACCCAAUUAAGCCAGUUAUAUUGGUAUCAUGUAGACAGAAUUCUCAGAUAAACUGAUUGAUGACAUAUUUUCAUCAUCAUUUAGAUGUAAGAAUUAAAAUCCAAGGGGCAAUGGGAAGAAAAUCGAUGCAUCAGAAAUCAGUGUCAACAAAUUGUGCUAUAAUUACCUUUAAAUAAUUUCCUAUAUUCUUCUAGAGGCAGUUUCUAAAGUUUGCCCCUGCCUUCAGUAUUCCCGAUUGAAUUAUCUACCUCAUUUUGGGAAUUUAAUUUAGCAAACAUCGUAUGAUUUUCUCAGGUAUAACAUAUAGAAUCACUAAGACUUUGGGCAUCUAAAUCAAAGGGCCUGGGUUGGCCUGCUUGACUUUAGCUAGUGUAAGCCUUAACAGGUAAGGCACACAUAUAACAAGGGGGAAAAACAUUUUAAGAAACUUGAAUAUAAUAUUUGUAACAGAGAGGAUUUCUGACUAUUAAAUCCCCAUAGAGUUCAUUGUCCUAGAUGUUCAGAAUUUGCUGAUAAUAAUCACUCUGCAACUAUUCUAGCUUUUUGUUGUUGUUUUUGUUUUUGGUGGUAUAGGGGAUGGCACCCAGGAUCUUGUGCAUGCUAGGCCAGUGCUCCACCACUGAACUAUACUUAUAGCCCUUUUUAAAUUUUGAGUCAGAGAAUUGCUAAAUUACCCAUGCUGGCCUCAAACUUGUAAUCCUCUUGCUUGGUUCUCCCAAGAAGCUGAGAUUACAAGGAUGUGCACAUCUGAAUCCAUAGACCUCUUCUUGAGGAUAUUUCAAAGCCUGGGACCCUAACAGAACAGUCCGAGGAUGGUGUCACCGCACAUGGGUUUUGUGGGUCUUGUGGCCAGCUCACCUUCCAGGUGCCUCCCAGGAGGCCUGUGUUUGCUUACAAGUCAGGCAAGGGCAGAGGGGCUUGACGACGAGUUACCUCAUUCCAACCGCAUGUUCUUCCAGGACUCAGCUCAGGCUCCUGUCACCCUGAGCAAUAAACCUCUCUCCUAGUGUUUGUGAAUAUUUUUUCUCUUUCACGUGCUUUUCUUAAAAGAAGACAGAAAGAAUGGGGCCAACCACAGUCCUGAUUGUCACUUUUCACGUGAUUAGAUGGCUUUGCCUCAUAGAGAUGGCAUCCUCAGAGAAACUGAAGGCUGUGUUACCUUAUUGGAAUGUAACCUGAGUGCAGGGUUAAAUGUUUUAGCGAAAACAUUUUAUCAGGUGCCAGAAAUCUCUUAGAUCAGCUCCCAUGAGUGAGCAACAAGGUCGAGGAGCAACAAGGUCGAGGAGCAACAAGGCCGAGGUCUGGGUGUGCUAGGUUCUCGCUGCCUUCCUGAAAGCCUGCUGUGUCUGAACAGAACCACUGGUUCUUCAACUUUCUUAUCCCCAAAUGUUACCAAGAGAGAUGGCUUAAACAGAAUCUGCCGUCUUCUCCUCAGAGAUCAAUUUACCCCACUGGGAAAGACUUGGGAGUCCCUGUUUCCAAUCCAACUAACUGACACAAGUCGUCCUCAAACUACCCUCUUAGGAAGGAUGAUCUUAUAUAUCUGAAUGAACAGAAUGGAAAAUUAGAUCUUCCUAAAUAACUAAGUUUCCAUUGUCUUGUAUCUUUCCUUAAUUGUCCAAGUGGUUUCAUCCCCAUGUUUAUUCAAAAGCUAGAUUAUAUUGUUCUUGGAAGGCUCACUUCACUAGAUGCUGAAAGGUUGUUUGCAAAAGACCAUGGCAUAACAGAAGCUCCAGGGGGAUAAGAUGUGCUAAAAUAAGAUAGUGGUAGAUAAUGGCAGUGUUGGGACCCUUUCUUAGAGAAAAGGCAUUCAAAGGACCCCUCCCAGGACAUGUGCAUGGCGCUUGAAUCAAGCUAUCUCCCCAGGCAAUCCGGCUGUAGAAGGAGGUAACAUCUGUCACUUAUGCCAUCAACAGGAGCUUGUUACAUCCAGCUGAAUAACUAGAAGCUGAGCCAGGCUGAAGCACAGCCAAGAAGAGAUGUUUUUUGAUGCUAGUCCUUUGGUGUGGGUCUCUUGUGGAUUCCCAGCUUCCUCUAUUGUGGUUGCCCCACUAGGUUUCCCAGGAACCAGCUAAGUUCCUCAGGAAUAGCAAGUUGUUUGAGAGCAGCAUGCCAUGCUUUGUAAGCUCCCCACAUUCCCAGUGACUCCCGAUGUCUCCCAGAACCAAGAGGACUAUUGGGCCCUCAACUCUCACCCCAGUACUUAGUUUUUCCCUAUGUUUGUUCCUGGACUGGUUAAAGGAAAGUGAUGGGAAUUAUAAGCUCCUGCCCUCCUAUUCAUGUGUAUCCAUGAAAUCUAAGGCCACCUCAUGCCUCCUUCUGUAAAUACUGGAGAAGCUAAAGGAACUAGACACCUUUAGGGUUUAACUAUCUGGAAGGAGAGUCAUAGGUUCCAAGCAAUGGAUCUGUCAAACUUUCCAAGAAACCUUGAUGAGGAUAAGGAAUAGCUAAAACUUACACUGGCUUCGCUCAGCCUGACAAGACAUCACGGUGUAGAGGUUCUGUGUUGGUGGUGCAGAGAGCAGAGUCCUAGAAUGGCAAGCAGAGAGGCAAGUGAUAGCAAGGUGUUCUGACCCAGAGCUCUGCACAUCCUUCCCCCUCACCUCUCAGUUCUAUGGAUUCUGUGCUAGGCUUAGGGGGAGAUGAGCAAUUACUCUACGGUCAGGGGACAGGCUAUAUAUCCUGAGGUGUGUGCUCGGGGCUGCAAAACUUGAGUGGUGGUGGAAAGGAGAGUUCUGAAAGGCUUCACAGAGGCAAUGAAGUUUGGGCCAGACCAAUAGGAGGAAGCAGCAUGUGGCAAGACACAGAGAUGUGACCCUGCCAGAUGAGGGGUUGAGCGAGGUGGCAACUUGGUGUACAUCUUCUAGUGGGAUCCAGUGAAUGGUAUGGAAACCCCACAAACAAGACAGAGCCAACAGCAUCUGUCACCAGAAGGAAAAGAUGAAAGUCUUAAAGUUGAGACUGUCAAAAUUAGAAAGAGAAGAUACAGGAAAGUUUCAUAUCUAUUUAGCUACCCAAAAGAGGAUGAAGAAAGAAGGAAAAAAGGAAGGGAAGGAAGAAAGAGAAGGGAAAGAGGGAACAAAGGAAGAUCAAAAGGGAUCAUAUUCCUUUUGAAGGACAGGGAGGUUCAUCCUUAAGAGCACAAUUCACACAUAAGAAACUAACCACGUCCAUCCAGGGUGCAUUCUCUGGCAGCAUCCUGAGUGCAGCCAAAUAUAGGUCAGGGAGGGCAGUACUGCAUAUUUAGUACUGUGAAGGCUCUGAAGGAGCACUGCCACCUAUACCCAGGACAAAUGGAAAAGGUCACAAAGCAGAGAAAAGCGUGUUACAAAAGUCCACGUGCUACUUCAUAGCCCAGCACCCACACCUCUCCAGGUGGUGCAACAAUUCGCUAGCACAAUGUGCCAUGUAAUUAUGUAUCUUAGCAUUUAAAGGUCAAAUAUGAAUCGAAUCAAUCUUAGCAGGGAUCUUGUUUAUCGUGUACACCCGUACUCAAGGACUUUUUAAAUAAAUUGGAUUUGUGACAUGAAAGUUGUGUGUGCCCUUUGGGCAUCCAUGUACUCUUAUGAAUACCAGCGUGUAUUAUUUCCUGUGUCCUCUCACACAUGCCCAGUGACUGUGUAAUUGGCAUUAUACUUACUUCCUGGCAUGGAAAUUGCAUAUGUGCCUAACAAAAUUCAGAGCCCGUGAUUUGAUGGUUUUAAAGAGCCUAAAAUCUGUAUUUGGAGACAGAAAAUCUGUUGUAAAUUGUGAAGUUCAGAGUAUAACGUCCCGGCCUAGAUCUCAGUCACAUUUUUUACUAUCCAAAGGGGAAGAGUUUGGACUAGGAGAGAAUCAAAUGCCAUCACAAGGACACUUGACUGAGUGCGAUAUUUAGUUUCCUGAGGACCCGAUCUUAGUGACUGCGUAGGCAUGGCUAAACCAUGCAACAUCCAGCCCCUUUAGAAAGGCUCAUCCUACCAUUGCCUUCAUGCAACUUGUUGAUUACCAAAUGCUUGCUUUAGUUAUUAAGAGUAAGGCCACCACCAUACACAAAAAAAUUUUCAAAUGCCAAGUUUCCUUGCAAACUUAAAUCAUACCAAACUUCAAGAAUUCCAUUUACAUUACUUACACAUUUACAGUAAAUGUGUAAGUAAAUCUCUUCUGGAGUAAAAGGAUAUUUAUGGGGAAUGGUGUUUCAUCAACUCUACCAGGAUCUCCCCAGGGAAGACCUGGGAUGCUCCAGCACACAAACAGUUGUGCAAGCCCAGCCAGUGACAAAUCAAAAAGGUGCCUUUCCUUACCCUCAUUGCCACCUGGUGUGGUUUUUCCUAGGCAUUGGAAUAACCCAGUUUUAUUUUCUAAGGCUCGUCUGGAAGAAGGAAUCUAAAUCCUUGCCAUCUGGAUAUGCAUUCUCGUUUUGAUAGCAAGCUCUUGGGAGAAAGUAAAUCUGCCUCAUGCCGUGGUGUGGCUUGGGCAGUAGAUGACAAGAGAUAAGAUCAGCCACAGAUGUGGCUUUUCCCUACUGGAGGAAGCUCAGAAGCUCUACUCUAGCCAGUGUCCAUUUGAAGGACCACCUUCUCCGGUAAAUGAAAGGAGAAUUGUUAAAUGCUAGCCUUAGAGUUUCUGAAGUGUCCAAAUCCUGGGAAGGUCCAAUGCUUUGCAUUCCUUACAUUUUCAUGUGUUUUUGUGGCUAUGCAAGGCGAGGUAGAAAGGUGUACAUGACUUGUUUCUUGGGGGCAUCUAAACAGGGGCCAGUAGACAAAAAACAGGAGCUUGCAUUAAGGAAAUCUAAUGUGUGCACCAGCCAGUUUAGUUCCCCAAGGAAAUGUGCAUUGCAUUUGCACAUUCCAAGAAUACUUUUGGAAACCGGGAUUUAGAAAAUAAAUAUUUCAUUCCUGGGAACAGAGUGAACUGCAAAUGAUUGGUUUCUGCAAAAUCUCGGGAUUUCUUAAUAUCGGAUUCAUAGGAUGACAGGUGGGACAUCUGUGUGUUGUGUCAGAACAAAAAAUUCCAUAAAUGUGUGUGCCCAUAACUCUAUGUGCCAUGAGUGUAUACAUAUGGGUGAAUGUUCAUAAGCACAAACAGCUGCACAAGGAGUAUAAAACAAAUGAAGCAAACAUUUAGCGCUUUUUUGAUGUUUCUUGACACAAUAGCUUUAAUUUAACUUUCCUUUAAUUUAUAAAGCAGAAGUAAGGUUCCACUUAUUUUUUUAAAAUGUUACCAAGAAGCUCUCUCAAUGUGGCACUAUUAUCGCUCAUGUGAAACACCUGCCAACAGCUCUUUUCUUUUGAAAACUCAAGAUUUUUUAAUCCAAGGCCAGUGAUGCCUGCUCUGUUUACAAUAGCUUGUGUUUCGUGAAGACAUAUCAACUGUUGUACUAUAUUUUUAUGACAGAACUGAUGACGAAUUCAGGAGGAAAAUAUAUAUUGUGAACCUGUACAAUAAAGACUCCUGUUACGCGAUACCCA